AUACUUCCUAUUUUCUGUUCAAAAAUUUCCCACCUAACGGAUCUUGGGGAGAGUAGUUGCUGUGUGCGGAUUAUAUAUCUGUUGUUCAAAUUUUGGUUUGGGAUUUCACUGGAUAUGUUGUUGUAUAUUUCCAGUUGAGACUUUUUCUCAGCUGUUGCUGUGUGCCAGGUCAGAAUUCAAUUAGUCGAGCGGAUGAAUGAUAUCCACAUUAAUACGAGCAGUGCUUUUCAAUAAUAAGUUACUAGUAAAUAGUAAGGAGUUGUAUUAAAUGUUCAGCAGUAGAAUUGCACAUGUCUCCUGGGUGAUUUGAAGUUCCCAACCUUAUUGCCCAAUGAGGUUGAAAACGAACAGACAAGUUGGUUCUUUGUUUCUAUGUGGACCCACUAUGUAUUUCGAAUGAUGUAGAUUGCAGACAAUGGAUUGGUAUAUGAAGGUUGGGCAACGACCUUUGCCUGGUUUCCUUGGAUUAUCUUUCUUCCAGAAAAGAUAAAGUCUACUUAAAAGGUUCAGAAUUUUACUGCGAAUUUUGCUUUUGGAGAAACUGGUGAACUCGUAAGCGUUGACUAAUUUGGUUGAGGUUGAAGCUAUUGGCAUCUUCUGAAGUCAUAACCUUGCAUUUUGACAGUUCAAUUAGGAUAAUGUGGUUAUUGACAGUGCCUGGUCCAGUUAGAACCGUGGACAAUGCUAUAUCUGGGGAACAUGUGUCACAAGAACUUCAUCCUGUUCUUAAGUGCGAGAAAAAGGAUAAUUCUCUGGUAGCAGGAUAUAUUCUCUCCCAAGUUUCAAAAACACAUGACGUAAUCAUGGGAUUGGACAAAACCAUAGCUUCUCUGGAAAUGAAGCUCGCUGCCGCUAGAGCUGCUAAAGCAGAAAAUGAAGAAAUAUCUACUGUUGAUAGGAAACCAGUAAUUGAGCCUUUGAAUAACCGCCCUAAGGUUUUCUUAGUUAUGGGAAUCAUUACUGCUUUCAGCAGCAGAAAGCGCAGGGAUUCAAUUAGGGAAACUUGGAUGCCUCAAGGGGAGGAUCUAAGAAAGUUGGAAAAGGAGAAGGGCAUCAUCAUACGGUUUGUGAUAGGGCACAGUGCAACCCCAGGUGGAGUCCUGGAUCGUGCUAUAGAUGCUGAGGAUGCACAGCAUAAUGAUUUCUUCCGACUUAAUCAUGUGGAAGGAUAUCAUGAGCUGUCCUCCAAGACUCAAUUAUACUUUUCAACUGCAGUGGCAAACUGGGAUGCUGAAUUCUUUAUUAAAGUUGAUGAUGAUGUGCAUGUCAAUCUCGGUGUUGUUGGUUCAUUGUUGGACCGUCAUCGAUCUAAACCUCGGGUGUAUGUUGGUUGCAUGAAAUCUGGACCUGUUCUCUCGCAGAAAGGAGUGAAGUACCAUGAACCGGAAUACUGGAAAUUUGGUGAGGAGGGAAAUAAGUAUUUUAGGCAUGCAACUGGACAAAUAUAUGCGAUCUCCAAGGAUUUGGCCACCUACAUAUCAAUCAAUGGACACAUUCUCCAUAGGUAUGCAAAUGAAGAUGUUUCUCUAGGUUCUUGGUUUAUUGGGCUGGAUAUUGAACAUAUUGAUGAACGAAGUUUGUGCUGUGGAACACCCCCAGGUAAGACUGCGAGUGGAAGGCCCAAGCUGGGAACACUUGUGCUGCAUCAUUCGAUUGGAGCUGUAGUGGAAUUUGUAAAUCAGUCGAAAGGAUGGAAGAGGUUCACCAGCGCUGCGGAGAGGGUAAUGGAGCAAUAUGGCAUACCAGUUUCUGAAAACUUACGAUUAUGCUUGAUUCUUUUCUUUGUUACUCCAAUUGUAAUGUAAAUUUUGUGAGUAGUAACAAGAGGCAUGUGGUGAGAAGAUGUGAUCGGCCCAUUUUUUGCUAAUCAAAGCCAUGUGACUUGAAACCUGUAAUGUUCACUAACUUAAUCAUGCAAAUUGGAAGUUUAUUAGUUAGGCAGAAAA